GUUCAAGGAGAGUGUCAAGCCCAAGAUGGUACACAUGGUGCCACCAAACUUCAUCAAUGGGCUUGAGGCAGCCUNUGAGGCGGUUGCCAACCCAAACCCCCGGAAGAGGAAGAACAGCUGGGAUAGCCAAGAAGGAGAUGGGGACGACUUCAAUUCAGCAUCCAAGAUCUACUUGGAAGUGACCGAAAAGGAGAUUGAGGACUUCAUGGUUACGCUGGGUGGGCGAGACAGAACCGUGGCUGGCUUCCACUUGGACUCUGAAGCAACCGACCAGGACAUACACGCACGUGUCCGGAAGUCCCUGGUUGAGAGAUGGAACAACCGCAAGAAGUGGAUUGGAAAUCUACAGCAGCAGGCCAAUGUGGAGGAUGCUUUGAGAUUCAACUCCUUUGGAGCUGACGAAGAGGAGUUUGAGAAGUACCAAUCUUCACAGUCGCACCUGGAAUACUUGCAGAAGAGCUUAGGGCCUCUAAACAAUGAAGAUGACAAGUUCGUCUUCAUUGUCGAGGGCAAGGACAGUCCUGUGCUCUUAGCUGGCGGUGUGGUCUUUGGCAGUCUUGAAAACAUCAUGCACGCCACCGACAAGGUGUCCGUCUUCAUUAUGCACAGGGUGAACAACAGCAAGAAGACCUCCAUGGUAUUGCCCAGUGGUACCAUUAAGGUUGGCAAGGAGCUAAAGAAGCACACGGUCGUAGAGCUUCCAGUGCAGAGCCUACUUGGCAGAUUCAACAAGCAGCAGGUCAAGGAGUGGGCUUUCUCCCAUGGCUGCACAAAUGUUCUAUGGAAUGACUCCAUGGUCCAGUACAAGGGCAAGCUGGCGUUGGUUGCUUAGACAGGUUCCUUGAUGAGCAGGGAUACAGAGAAAGUGGGCAGCUGCAGUCUAGGGCCAUAUAUGUGGUUCAGUGGUGUGUAGUAGGUGUUCACUAGGAAAACAGGAAGCAGUGCAGUAGUAGUGUGGAACAGGUCACAGGUGAAGGUUGAUGAAGAACAUGUAUGUAUAAUUGCAUGCCAAGACAAGGUACUGAUGUUGCUGUGAUGAUUUUGGUAGCAGCCUCCAGACUUGUAAAGAAUAGAGACAAUAGAUGCCUGUACAGGUAUAGGCCAGCUGGCUGUGCACUAUACUGCACAAUUCCACAUGAUGAGCAAGUGAGGUGACCAGGGCGACCCAGACUGUUGUGUAUAAUACAUACUUAUGGUUUAGGGUUUUAGGGUUUUAGGGUUUUAGGCAGGGUUUAGGGUUUUAGGGUUUUAGGGUUUCUAAGGUUUUAGGGUUUUAGGGUUUUUAAAAUAGGCAGGCGGCUGGCAGAGGUUAAGGCCUGACUUCUGCUCCCAGUUGACCCAGUCGACCCGGGUUCAAAUCCGCCUGCCGGCUCCUCGGGUGUUUGAGGAGUGAUGAAAUGGGAGGUGGCCCCCCAUCUUAUGGACGGUGUAGGACGUGAUAAUAUCAACUUGCGAGCUGACCAGGAACUAAGUUGAUGCGCCGUUGAUCCGCUAGAUUUGGUUGGAUGCUGGUGGUGAGUUGCCGAACCCAACGAAUACAUUCUGAAGUCGGAUGGGGUGACGGAUUAGGGUGCCCCUCUAGCAGGGGAGAGCAGGGACUGCCCCGGGAAAGGGGGCCGCUGGCGAAGUUAACCACCCUGUAACAACAUACAUACUUAUGUAU